AUGAAUGGGGUCAAUUUAAGCACCCCAGCAGGUUUUACCUUACUGGGCUUUUCUGACCAGCCCCAACUUGAGAUGAUUCUCCUUCCAGUUAUUUGCAUUAUAUAUGUUCUGACACUGAUUGGAAACACAGCUAUCAUACUGAUCUCCUAUCUGAGCCCCAAACUCCACACCCCCAUGUACUUCUUCCUCUCAAACCUCUCCUUCCUGGACCUCUGUUUCACAACCAGUGUUGUUCCACAAAUGCUCUGGAAUCUCAAGGGCCCCAAGAAGACUAUUACUUACACUGGCUGUGCGAUCCAAUUCUAUGUGGCUUUGGGCUUGGGUUCCACAGAGUGUAUUCUUCUAACAGUUAUGGCCUAUGAUCGUUUCAACGCUAUCUGCCGACCCCUCCACUACGCUGUUAUCAUGCACCCAAAGCUUCUCAAGCAGCUAGCAGCCAUAGCAUGGAUCAGUGGUUUUGUGGAGUCCACAGUUCAGACAAGUCUCAUUUUCCAGUUGUCAUUCUGCAGUCACCACCGGAUAGAUGACUUCAUGUGUGAGGAACCUGCCCUGGUUAAAAUUGCCUCUGUAGAUACAAGGUUUUUGGAAAAUGAACUCUCCAUUGCUACUGUGCUCUUUGUGGUUAUACCUCUUGGACUGAUUCUGCUCUCCUAUGGCUGCAUUGCUAGGAGUGUGCUGAGGAUAAAAUCUGCUGAAGGCAGGAGAAAAGCCUUUGGGACCUGUGGGUCCCAUCUUAUUGUUGUGGUUUUGUUCUUUGGGACCGUAAUGGCUGUCUAUAUCCAACCUAAAAGCAAGUACACACAAAAUCACAGCAAAUUUCUCACCCUCUUCUAUACUGUAGUGACACCAUCGCUUAACCCUUUGAUCUACACCUUGAGAAACAAGGAAGUUAAAUGGGCAAUCAAAAAGUUGCUGACAACAGACCCAAGUUAG